GAGUUCACGUGACUGACCGUCGCCCAGGUUGUGUCGAAAGCAUCCUGGUGUUAGCAGUUAGCUAGCAGCUGACAAAAAAUAUAAAUAUAAAGUCAAGAGAGAAUUUUUUAGAAUGGGCGAAUUAUUAAUAUAGCGAAAAAGAAGAUAAAGAACUUCCCAAAUUGGCCUUUCCAGCAUGGUCUGAUAGCCGAUAUCUGAAAAGACCAGAUAACAUAACGUUAACGUUAGCUAACUAAACACUUCGCUAACGUACAAACUUUGACGGGCAACAGCAGCAAUUCUACCAUCCCAGCUAGCUAGGUAACAUGGCUUGUUAUUGUAGCAAUUAUGCUAGCUAACGGUGUAGGCGAUUAACGUAACGCAUUCACUUAUAACGCGUUAUUUUCAUCAGUCGUUUAUGUGAAACUAGCGUUAAUGUUAUUACUUAGUAACGUUAGCUAUUAAUAAUGACUACUGUUAAGCAGCUAAUGCUAACGUUAGCCACUUAAACUUCAUUGCAACUAGCAAAACUCGAAAUCAGUAACGUUACUGGGGAUCUUUCUCAUAGCUAGUAGUAAAUAAAACCAAUAGCACAUAGUAACCUGUAAUCUGAAUAGCUACAUUUCUGUGUUUUAUGAUUAAUUUCGGCCAAUCACAGGAGAUAAGUAAUGCGAAACACCAGGAUGUCAAACGCACGGGGAUUAACGUUAGUGCAGCACUAUUGUCUACAAAACACAGCUGUCCGGUCAUUUCGAUAAUCCUUGUGUUCUUCAUAAUGCAGCUAACGUUACAAUAGAUUUUCGUAAUUGCUGAACGUGAAGUGUAACAUCUUGUAAAUAUUAAAACAGUUGACUAUCCAGUUCAUCUUAAACAGUCUGUAUAGGGUUUAGUUUACCUUUCUUGAAAUUAUGCCUGGGAACGCAUCUGAUAGUAGUGAUGACUCCGAUGCCAUAACGAAUGAAAAGGCCUGUACCGUAAAGCAUCAAAUCACCAAUGCUAACCUCACAGGUCACACCGAGAGGGUCGGCAUGGAGAACUUUGAGCUGCUCAAAGUCUUGGGCACUGGAGCUUAUGGGAAAGUGUUUUUGGUCAGGAAGAACACUGGUCACGAUGCAGGCCAGCUUUAUGCUAUGAAGGUGUUAAAGAAAGCAGCUAUUGUUCAAAAGGCAAAGACAACAGAACAUACUCGCACUGAGAGGCAGGUGCUGGAGCACAUCCGCCAGUCCCCCUUCCUGGUCACACUCCACUAUGCCUUUCAGACGCAGAGCAAACUGCACCUCAUCCUCGAUUAUGUGAGUGGCGGGGAGAUGUUCACUCAUUUGUACCAGCGGGAUCACUUUCCUGAGGAGGCAGUGCGGAUUUAUAUUGGGGAAAUAAUCCUGGCUCUGGAGCACCUGCACAAGCUUGGGAUUGUGUACCGAGACAUCAAAUUGGAAAACAUUCUUCUUGACAGUGAAGGCCAUGUGGUAUUGACUGAUUUUGGGCUCAGCAAGGAGUUUCUGGAAGAAGAGAAGGAAAGAACUUACUCUUUCUGUGGCACCAUUGAGUACAUGGCCCCUGAAAUCAUCAGGGGGAAAGCCGGGCAUGGCAAGUCUGUAGAUUGGUGGAGCCUUGGGAUCCUCAUGUUUGAGCUUCUAACGGGAGCAUCUCCUUUUACCUUGGAGGGAGAGAGGAACUCCCAGAGUGAGGUGUCAAAACGUAUUUUGCGCUGUGAUCCUCCGUUCCCCUCUAUGAUUGGACCCACUGCUCAGGACCUGCUGAGGAAGUUGUUGGUGAAAGAUCCGCACAAGAGGCUGGGUUCUGGACCUCGAGGGGCUGAAGACAUCAAAGCACAUUCCUUCUUCAAGGGACUGAAUUGGGCUGACCUAGCACAGAAGAAAGUGGCAAGUCCAUUCAAGCCAGAGCUGAAGAAUGAACUUGACGUAGGGAACUUUGCUGAGGAGUUCACUGGGAUGGAUCCCGUCUACUCUCCAGCGAGCACACCUCCAAGCACUGACCGCCUGUUUCAGGGUUACUCCUUUAUUGCUCCCUCCAUCCUGUUUAAUAAAAAUGCAGUCAUGGGAGACUUUGUGGAAUCCCAGGUCCGUGCUGAUCGACCAGGUUCAGCCUCUGUCCAGCGCAGUGCAAUGUUAGAGGAAUCCCAGUUUUUUCAGCACUAUGAGCUGUGUCUUCUUGGGCCGCCCCUAGGUGAGGGUAGUUUCUCUGUGUGCAGGAAAUGCAGACACAAGCAAACUGACCACGAAUACGCUGUCAAGAUCGUCAGCCGCAGAAUGGAGGCAAACACCCAGAGGGAGAUUGCUGCUUUGAGGCAAUGUGAGGCUCACCCAAACAUUGUCAAACUGCAUGAAGUCUAUACUGAUCAGUACCACACAUAUUUAGUGAUGGAGCUACUGCGAGGUGGGGAGCUGCUGGAAAGGAUCAAGAGGAAGAAACUCUUUGGCGAGGCAGAGGCCAGUCAGCUGUUACAGAGCCUGGUCUCAGCUGUCAGCUUCAUGCACGAGGCCGGAGUCGUGCACAGAGACCUCAAACCAGAGAACGUGCUGUUUUCAGAUGAAGGCGAGGACUCGGUGCUGAAAGUAAUAGAUUUUGGAUUUGCCCGCCUGUGCCCUGCAGGCAGCGCCCUGCAGACUCCCUGCUUCACGCUGCAGUAUGCUGCACCUGAACUUUUUGAGAGUGCGGGAUACGACAAAGCCUGUGACCUCUGGAGUCUUGGAGUCAUUCUGUACACCAUGCUGUCAGGCCAGGUGCCAUUUCAGAGUGAGCAGCGUGGGAUGACCUCAUUACAUGCCGCUGACAUCAUGCAAAAGAUAAAAGAGGGCGAUUUCUCAUUGGAAGGGGAGGCCUGGAAGGGCGUAUCAGAGGAUGCCAAAGAGCUUGUUAAAGGCCUACUGACAGUGGAUCCAGAGAGUCGUCUGAAACUCUCCGAUCUGAAAGAGAACAGCUGGCUGCAGGGCGGAGCAUCAAUGUCCACCACUCCUUUGUGCACUCCAGAUGUGCUAGAGUCUAGUGGGCCUACUGUCCGUACCUAUGUCAAUGCCACUUACAAGGCUUUCAACCGUGGUAAGAGAGAGGGCUUCUUUCUGAAAAGUGUCGACAACGCUCCCCUUGCAAAACGGCGAAAGCUGAAGAUGACAAGUACAGGUGUAGAGACCCGAUGGAGUUCAUCCUCUUCCUCCUCCUCCUCUUCUACUUCCUCCUCCUCUGCCUCUGCAGCAGCAUCCAAAGCACAGCCAAAGCAAACUGUGACCCCAAAGCAGAGCUAGCCUGAAUGGCAGGGGAGAAGACAGCAGGAAAAUGAAGUAAUAUGUGCUCAUACUGGCGACACCAUGUCGUCUUCUGGUGAUAGGGUCACCCAAUUCCAAAAAAACAUACAAACCAAAAGACUGGUUUAAGUUAGUUUUAAGAAUUCCACUUUUAACCCGAAAGCAGCUUCAUUCAUCAUGCCGUAUUCUCCUCAAACCAAACACUUAUUUUCCUUGAGUGGAUGGAAAAGAGGAUGGUAGAGGUCUAGAUUGGCAUCUUUAAGAUGUACAGAAAUCUGUGGCCUUGAGAAGAAAUUAUACUUAAUCAGUAUUUGCGCACCAUAAUGUGGUGAUAUGACACACUUAAAGAUGAAAAUGAGACAUUUACCUACUUUCGCUGUGGGUAAGAAUCAGUGCCUGGCUAUAUAGGGAUAAAGGGAAAAAGGAGCCAUAAAUGAGCAGAAGCCAUAUAUAUACAGCAAAGCAGUGGAUAUAUCGAUUGAGCCGUUGAGAAUACACACAUAUUUGCACAUAAUGGGUGAUUAGUCCUUCCAGGAAUUAGCAGGAUUAAUCCUUUCAUUGUACGGAGUUAUUUUUAACUUUGCCACACUUACAAUGAUGAAAAAACAGCAAAGGUUUGGCCGUAAGUGCUGUGCCAAAUGUAGGGACUCUGCUCUUUAAAGAUGACAUGAAAUGUUUUGCAUUUAGGUUGACAGAAAUCUAUCUGUUUGCACUAUUUGGAGAGAAUGUAAAAUCAAAUGGGCAAGAAGAGCUAAUUGCUGGAAGUACUGAGUGCAGAAAUGCUUUGAGAUUGCAGCUGAUGAACAAUGCUGUAGUAGAUAUCUUCUCCAUUGGAUGUGUGCUGUUUUAUGUGUCAGUCCUAAGGGCACUGAUUACUCUACACACUACCAAGUCUACAGAUCCCAUUGAACACAACACAGAGUGCGCGUCUUGAUCGAAGAUGUUUCUUACCAUUGCUGUAAAUUACUUGCAUUAUUGUGGCGCUCUGAAAAUCUCUAGCAUGCUAAUCUGUUGUGAUGGUGAACUGUAAGAAGCUUUUCUAUGUUUUGGUAUCUUGGACUCACUAAGGAAACGUCACCCAGAAUGUUUUUAUGCUACCACGUGCAGCUUGAGUGUUUGCACGUAGACUGGAGCAAAAUCUAUUUUGGUGAUUUUUUUUGUGUACCACUUUGGGCUUGCGAAUUUUAAAAGGGUAUUAGUUUUCUAUUGCCCUUUAAGAUCCAAGCCAUAUGUGGCUAUUACAAACACAAUCUGAUUUCAUACGUUGAAAUAUUGUUCCUAUUAUCUCAGCUGGUUGUCACCUGGGCUGAGGUUCAGGCCCAGACAUGUCUUUUUACAGAUGUAGUUUUAAACAAUUUAUGGCUUUGGAAUGAAAAUUAUUUUACAGAAUGCAACACUUAAUAAUGACUUUAAUAUGGUUAUGGAUUGACCAUCCUGUGAGAUCUGUUGUGUAUAUACUCAUCCAUGAUUUAAAACAAACAAACAAAAAAAAACCAAUGUAUGUAAUGAUUUAAAUUUCCACAACUGUUUUUAUGGUAAAUUAGUCUCCUGAUGGAAUUAUACAUUUUUUUUUUUAUGUUGUUUUUUUUUUACUUGUUGCACAGUCAGUUGAUCAAUUAAACACAUUUCAGCUUUAAAGGUGCUUUUACUGAUAUUUAUUACAUAUAAUUGAUUUUAAUGCUGUGGUAAUGGGAUUGAUUAUUAAAUUGGCUCCUGUUGUGUACCAGAACUGCGUGUGUGGGUGCAUGCGUGGCUGUGUGAGGGCAUGAGUGUACUGGGAGGUUGGUUGUACUGGUAUUUCUCCACCAGAUGAAGCAUUAUUAAGUUACUGUAUUAUUUUCUUGUUGUUGUUGCCGCCCUUGUCAGUUUAAAGAUAACUGGUUGUUUGUGUUGGAACAUUGGAGUUUUUACUUAAACUGUGCUUUUAUUGGUGUUGAUAAAUCUUUUCUUCUAGCAAAUGAUGUUUUUCUUUCUUUUUUUGAGCAUUACUAUUUUACUGAGAUGCACUGUCACUGAUGUCGUAAAUGGGAAGGUAUCUUUUGCACCAAGAUUUUUUUUGGUUGGUGCAAAAUAAACAUUACUUUUAAACAAA